CACGUGCGGGCAAAGCCCCUAUAAAACUCGGUCCUUCUACAGGGGGGCAGUCAGUGCUGUAGAAUCGUCUACUAAAUGGGCCAUCGUCACAGUUAGCGCUAUUACGCGCCCUUCGACCACGUCCUGAUCUUAAAGGUUUCCAUUUUCCACCCGUGAGCAUUUUUCCAGCUAACGGCAUCAGAAAUGGCAGCAAUUCCAUCCACUGGCUCCCUCAUCGCCACGCAUGAUUACUAUAGAAGGCGCCUCGGGUCCAACUCCAGCAACAGCUCCUGUGGGAGUGCGGAGUACACAGGAGAGGUGAUUCCACAUCCCCCAGGUCUUCAAAGGCAAGAUUCUGGCCACUGGUGGACUUCAUUUUUCUUUGCCAAACAGAACCAGCCCGGCAUGCCGACCGGAUCGGACGCUCAAAAGAACAGCACGUACACGUUGGCCGACGGUCAGGUGACCUGUGUCGCCAGGGAAAUGGUUUUGAACCGGAAGCUCAGUGUGAGCAGCGACAACGGAAAGUCCGACACCUCCAACCCUCCACCUACUUCUGCCUAGACUCCACCCUCACCUGCCUGCACCCCCACCUCACAUCCACCCCCCCCCCCCCCCCCAUCCCGCAGCUCGUCAACCAUCACUUAGUCCACGUCACUGGAGAUGAUGAUGGGUUUUUUUAGUCGAUGGUUUUUGCCCAUGUAUAGUAUAUUUUUGUUAUGACCAAAAGUUUAAAAAAGUACUUUUUUUUCAUUUUGUUCUUGUGACUUUAAACUGUUAAUAAUAAAAAAAAUGCUUACAGUCAG